CCAUGGGCAAGAAGAGUAAGGUGAAGAUUCCUGCCGUGGUAAAUGGAAAUGCGAAAAACGGACAUGCAUCAGUAGAGGAUUUAGACGAUAUCUACGAACAGGAGGAGCCCUCCUCCAAGGGAAAGCAAAAUUUAAAGAAAAAAACUAAGAAACCUGUUCCAGUAACGAACGACUUGCAAAGUGGACGAGGUGUAAAGCGUCCUCAAGAGGAUACAGAUGAUGAGGAAGAAAAUGAAGAACAAGCUUCGGAUAGUGACCAGCUGGGCGAUGAAGAGGAAACGCCAGAAGAACCUACUCCGCAAGUAACUAGCAAUACGGCGUAUGAGAUUCUACUCGGUAAUCGGGAGUUCAAAUCUCUCGAAGGAAACGUAUCGGACAACACUAUGAAAGCGAUUGCCGAAAUGGGAUUCACAAAAAUGACGGAAAUUCAGGCGAAAGCGAUUCCGCCGCUACUAGAAGGUCGUGAUUUGGUUGGAUCGGCAAAAACUGGCAGCGGUAAAACAUUGGCCUUCCUUAUCCCGGCGGUCGAGUUGAUUCAUAAGCUGCGAUUCAAGCCUCGAAAUGGAGCUGGCAUUAUUAUUAUUUCGCCUACUCGCGAAUUGGCCAUGCAGAUCUUUGGUGUGCUUAAAGAGCUCAUGACCCACCAUUGCCAGACGUAUGGACUGCUCAUGGGUGGUGCCAGCCGUCACACGGAGAACGAAAAGUUAGCCAAGGGAAUCAAUAUCAUUGUUGCAACGCCGGGACGUUUGUUGGAUCAUUUGAAAUCAACGCCAAACUUUUUGUACAAGAACCUACAGUGUUUGAUAAUUGAUGAGUGCGAUCGCAUCCUUGAGAUAGGAUUUGAAGAGGAUUUGAAACAGAUCAUCAGCAUUUUGCCAAAAAAACGGCAAACCAUGCUCUUUUCUGCCACACAAUCAUCCCGCAUGGAUGAGUUGGGAAGGUUGGCUUUGAAGUCGGAGCCGAUCUAUGUUGGCGUCGACGAUAACAAGAAGGAAGCGACCGUAACCGGAUUAGAACAGGGUUACAUUGUAUGUCCGUCGGAAAAGCGAUUGCUGGUGCUGUUUACUUUCCUGAAAAAGAAUCGCAAGAAGAAGGUCAUGGUGUUCUUUUCCUCUUGUCUUUCGGUGAAGUUCCAUCAUGAGCUGUUCAACUACAUCGAUCUUCCGGUGAUAUCGAUCCAUGGAAAGCAAAAGCAAGCGAAACGUACUUCGGUGUUCUUCCAGUUCUGUAACGCCGAGACGGGUAUUUUAUUGUGUACCGAUGUUGCUGCGCGUGGGCUUGAUAUUCCGGCGGUAGACUGGAUUGUUCAAUACGAUCCACCUAACGACACGAAGGAAUACAUUCACCGUGUGGGGCGAACGGCUCGUGGUGAAGACCUUUGUGGCCACGCGCUGCUGAUGCUGCGUCCUGAAGAGCUUGGUUACUUGAAGUAUCUGAAGCAAGCAAAGGUGCCGCUGAAUGAGUUCGAGUUUUCGUGGAACAAAAUAGCCGAUAUUCAAUUGCAGCUGGAGAAUCUGAUGUCGAAGAACUACUUCCUCAAUCAGUCGGGCAAGCUAGCGUUCAAGACAUACGUUCGGGCGUAUGAAGGACACCACAUGAAAGACGUUUUUAACCUAAGUAACCUCGAUCUGGUUCAGGUGGCGAAAAAUUUCGGCUUUACGCAACCUCCGUAUGUUGAUUUUGGUAAGAGUUUCAAGUUGCAUCAUCCAGAACGCCGACCGGGUAAUCGUGGCCAGGGAUACCUGAAAACGCUCAAUAAGGAUAAAAAAGAAAAGUUGAACAUUAAGCACAUCAGCGAUAGGAAGCAAUUGAAAAAAAUGAAAAUCGAAUGAACGUCGACGACAAUUAUCGGUGAAUAAACUCAUUUUAUGUAUGUGUUCUUGAAUGGGA